GCAGCUGGUGUUCUGCUCGUUGGCGGUUCUGGCGGAGGAACGGAACCCGCUGGAGUGUCUGGACGCGUUCGGAGCUACAGGCAUCAUGGGCCUCCAGUGGGCCAAACACCUGCGUAACGCUGUCAGAGUCACCAUAACGGACAUCAGCGACACCUGCGUCAAAAUGAUCAAAGAGAACUGUGAGCUAAACAACAUCCGGGUGGACGGAGGCCAGCGAGGACCCCGGGGCCCCGACCGGGCCGGUGCCGAGGCUGAGAUGACUCCUGUCGCUACCGUGGAGGUCGCCAAGAUGGAUGCCAACGUCAUCAUGCAUCUGCGAUCUUUUGACUACAUCCACCUGGAACCGUUUGGUACUGCUGUGAACUACCUGGACGCCGCCUUCAGGAACAUCCGUAACCUUGGCAUUAUCUCCAUAACGUCCACGGACACAGGUUCGCUGUAUGCCAAGUCGCCCAGCGUCACGCUGCGUCACUAUGGCUGCCACAUCGUUCGUACCGAGUACUACAAGGAGCUGGCAGCACGCAUGCUGGUGGCCUCCGUGUGCAGGGCGGCUGCACGCUGCAACAAAGGCAUCGAGGUGCUGCUGACGGUGGCGCUGGAGCACUUUGUCCUGGUGGUGGUGAGAGUUCUUAGAGGCCCGUCGCAGGCGGAUGAGUCAGCCAAGAAGUUACGGAAACUGAUGCAUUGUCAGUGGUGCGAAGCGAGGGUGUUCCUGAAGCUUGGAAACAUGGUGGACGACACGCUGCCCUGUGACUGUCAUGGAAGUCUGCCUGGGAAGACGGCGGUGCAGCUGGGACCUCUGUGGUCCGGACCGCUCUUCAACACUGGCUUCCUGAGAAAGAUGCUGUCUGCUGCCGUGAGGCACAGCAUGGAAGACAUCCAGCCACUUGUCAAAACGCUGAUCUGCGAGUCUGAGGGCACCACCCUCAAGUCUCUGGUCCAUGGGUCAUCAGUCCUCACCAGCCAGGCGGAGUGUGGAGUUGUUAUUAAGACGUUACAGAGUGGAGAUGAGGCGAGACUCGCUGACCUGACUGGUAAAAGGAAAAGCGGGGAGGAAUCUGGGAACGUCCUGAAGAAGCUGAAGCCUGAUGCGUCUCUGGAACAUCCUCCUUUCUACUACAGCAUCCACCGACACAGCAUCAGAGGCAUGAACAUGCCCAAGUUGAACAAGUUCCUUCAGUACCUGAUGGAGGCCGGCUUCAGGGUGAGCCGGACUCACUUUGACCCGACGGGGGUUCGCACCGACGCCACGCUGCAGCAGUUUAAGUCCGUCCUCACCAAGUACAGCGUCCCCACCUUCACCAAGGCCGCCACGUCCACGCAGACUAGCGUGAGCUCGGAAAACCCCGCCUGAACCGGCUGAAUCACCGGCUCUGCUGGUCCUUCAGCAGCUUCCGGAUUCUGUCCGUUUCGUUAGGAAUGUCUUCUCUUUUUGGCUUUUUAAACACAAUAAAAUCUUUGUGGAAAGCA